GGAUGAUUUGAUUUCUUCCCUGCCCGAAAUUACUCCUGCCCAGAUGCUGUGGAUAAUAUUCAUGUUGCUGUUAUUCAUCAGCUCCAUGGAGAUGCUCACGCAGAACCGAUGGAAGAAGCAAGUGAGCGCCGGCCUGCUGGAGAACUGCACGGGCUGCGUCCUGUGCUCAGAGGACAACGGCUGCAUCACCUGCCACCACCGGCUCUUCCUGCUCAUCUGGAGGGACGGCAUCCGCCAGUACGGGAUGUGCGUCCACACCUGCCCCCCCGGCUACUUCGGCGUGCGGGGUCUGGAGGUCAACAGAUGCACAAAGUGCAGGUCGCCCAGCUGUGAGAGCUGCUUCAGCAGAGACUUCUGCAUGAAGUGCAAGGACAAGUUUUACUUGCACAAGGGCCAGUGCUUUCGGCAGUGCCCCCCCAACACUGCGGUGCAGCCCGGUACCCGCGAGUGCCAAGAGAUGUGUGAGCCGGGGCCCUGGAGCAAGUGGAGUGCCUGCACCCACGAGGGCCGGACCUGCGGCUGCAAGUGGGGUGUGGAGACGCGGGUCCGGGAGGUGCCGGGGACUGCCCAGGAGGAGGGGGCCGCGUGCCCCGCGCUGCUGGAGACGAGGAAGUGCCGCAUGAGGAAGCACUGCCCGGGAGGUGAGCACCACACCGCCUGCCGCCCCCCGCACCCACACCUGGCGUGGGGUCCGGCCAGGCAGCAUGGGCACGGGCGCGUGGCCGGCGACGGGAACCAGGAGGAGGCUGAUGUCAUUUUUGGACGCAACCAGCUGGACUGA